AUGAGACCAAGGGCGAGGAGAGCGUGGCAACGGCCACGGAACUGGAAGACCUGGCAGCUGCCCCCCGACAACGACGACUGGUGGGGCUUUGUGAAUCUAUUGGGGACCAGGGAAGUCGCGAAGAAGAAACAGCCCGCUGGUCCUGACGGUAUCGAGGAUGACGUGGAAAACGAGCCCGGAUUCCCUUGGAAAGGAAUUGGUAUUGGAAACACUGGAUCCAAUCCUCCACCCGAGUCUGCCAUGAAGAACUACAUCGGACAAUCCCCAUCAUGCAUGUUCCCGCCAGUGAAAGGAAAUGGCACCGACUGGUAUAUACGAUGGUAUUACGAUCCCCGCUCCGGCGUUUGUAAGAGGUUCAUCUACAGCGGCUCCGGCGGCAACGUGAACAAGUUCUUGACAGAGUACCACUGCAACCAGACCUGCAACACACCGGCCCGGGUGUCUUGCGUCCCGGACAAACUGUUCGACUAUCUCAAAUAUUUGCAAACACCCGAUAUGGAAGUAGCG